AUGCAAUCACUGGUGGGUGCUCGGGUGAGUGAGUUGAUGGUGGCGCUCGUGCUGGCAGGCCGUUGCUUCCCCUUGGCCCUGCUGCUGCCACCACCCUCCCUCCGCCACACCCCUGAAGCCCCUCACUCAUCCUGCCCCAAGUUGCCCUUCCUCUUCCCAUGCACCCCACCCUGCCCUGCCUCUUGCAUUCCACACGUUUCCACCCCGCAGGCCCUACUUCCUGCACGUAUCCCUCUGUUCCUUCUAAAUCUCUGCCCGUUGCAUGAGUGCUCUCAACAGCCUGCUCGGACCCUACACUUCUCUCCCCCCACCUGCUGCCCACCCCCACCCCGCCAGGUGGUGCAGGCUCUGCUGCACGAGGGCCGCCCCAUGGAAGCUGAGCGCCUCGUCGAAACCGCUCUUUCGCGGAACCUUCCCAAGCCCAUGCGGAAGCAGCUGCAGUCAGCCAUUGCUGGUGAGCGCUCGGUCCCUCCCUUGGCCAUCUCCUCUGUCCCUCCCUUGGCCAUCUCCUCUGUCCCUCCCUUGGCCAUCUCCUCUGUCCCUCCCUUGGCCAUCUCCUCUGUCGCUCCCUUGGCCAUCUCCUCUGUCCCUCCCUUGGCCAUCUCCUCUGUCCCUCCCUUGGCCAUCUCCUCUGUCCCUCCCUUGGCCAUCUCCUCUGUCCCUCCCUUGGCCAUCUCCUCUGUCCCUCCCUUGGCCAUCUCCUAUGUCCCUCCCUUGGCCAUCUCCUCUGCUCCUCCAUGCUGCUGUUUCCCUCUCCCUCCCAUGCCCUCACCUCCCGUCCUCCCUGCGGCCAUGCCACUGUGCUUGCAUCUCAUGGGCGUGCAGAGGAGGCGAGUGGCAUGCUGCAGUUCGAGGUGGCGCGGGCCAUCAUCAGCGAGCAGCCUCACAGCAUCCGCGGCUGGUCGCUCUUCCACUCCCUCACCCUCCGGUGCGCUCUGUGCUCUCUCUCUCUCUCUCUCUCUCUCUCUCUCUCUCUCUCUCUCUCUCUCAUGUACACAUGUACCCCACUCUUUCGUUUGCGCCCACUCUGAUGGAUUGAACAAGAUGCCAAGAUUUAGGGAGGGACCACUGGGCACGGAGAGCAACGACCGGCGGGCCAAGUUCCUGCAGCAGAUGCGCAUGCGGCACCCGGUGUGCGUGGCGGCCAUGCUGGUGUCGGGCCACCACCAUGCGCUGCGCGGCCACAUGCAGGGCGCCUGCCGCGAGUACCUGCGCGCCCACCGCCUGCACCCCCACGACCCCCUCAUCUGCCUCUGCUGCGGAGUGGCGCUGCUGAAUCUCUCCCUGGGCUCGCGCCUGCGUGACCGCAGCCAGUGUGUGCUGCAGGGCAUGGCGCUGCUGCAGCAGUACGCCCAGCUAUCAGGCGACACUCAGGAGGUGCAUUUCAACCUGGGUCGUGCGUUCCACCAUGUGGGUCUGCUGCACCUCGCUGUCGACCACUACAAGCGCGUUCUCUCCUCCGCCACUCCACAUCGGCACCAUGCCACGGCCGAGCAGCUGGGAUUGAGAAGCCGCAGAAGCAGGGAGGGCAUGGGCAUAUUAGCAGCGGCGCUAUUCACCAUGGCCAUCGGGGCUCUCUUCAACGCAGCCUUCCCCUCGCCCCCCUUCGACGAAGGCGCUAUUGCCUUCGUGCCGCCCCAAGCCGACUACGCGUGGCGAGUGGUGCUGGCAGCGGGGGCGGUGCCAGCAAAGCUCACCUUCUAUUUUCGAAUGACCAUGCUGGAGACACCGAGGUUUACCACGCUCGUGCAGAGGAAUGCCAAGCAGGCUGCACGGGACAUGGGGCAGAUGUUUCACUCGGCCUUCGAGGAAGCAGAAGUGGAAAUCGAGCUAGCAACAGCCCCUGUGCGAACAUACAGCCUGCUGUCGCGAGAGUUCCUGCACCACCACGGCGUGCACCUGCUGGCCACGGCAGCCUGCUGGUUCCUGGUUGACACGGCCUACUACUCGCAAAACCUCUUGAAUCGGGACCUCUUCACCGCCAUUGGAUGGGUCGCGCCGCCCUACAGCAUGAACGCUCUCACUGAGAUGUACGAGCUCUCGAAAGAUACGGCGACGAGAAAAGAGGGGGGGGCGGUGCACGUGCCCCCGGUGCGCCGCGACAGGCGACGGAGCAUGGCCGGGGCGGGGCCGGGGCAGGGUCGAGGCAGGGCCGAAAGGGGCGGCGACGGGGCCGCAAGGGGCGGCGACGGGGCCGGUGGAGGCGGCGUCGGGGUCGGGAAGGGGCCGCGAGGGGCCUGGAAGGGCGGCGACAGUCCGCUAGGGCCGGCGACGGGGCUGCGAAGGGGCGGCGACGAGGCCGCUGGAGGCGGCGACGGGGCCGAUAGGGGCGGCGACGGGGCCGCGAAGGGGCCGCGAGGGGCCUGGAAGGGCGGCGACGGGCCGCUAGGGGCGGCGACGGGGCCGCGAAGGGGCGGCGACGAGGCCGCGAAGGGGCCGCCAGGGGCCUGGAAGGGUGGCGACGGGCCGCUAGGGACGGCGACGGGGCCGCGAAGGGGCGGCGACGAGGCCGCGAAGGGGCCGCGAGGGGCCUGGAAGGGCGGCGACGGGCCGCUAGGGGCGGCGACGGGGCCGUGA